AUGAUUCUUAACGUUACUCAGUAUGAGCGCAAAGCCCAGCAAUGCAAUCAAGCUGUCCUAUCUGAAGCAUUUGUAGUUUUGCUCAAAGUAGUGAAUGAAGUGAUUGGUUCGGAUGCUGCCGCUGUAAAUCGUAUUAAAGCGGCGAUAGAUCCGUUGUUUGGAAACGACUCCGCGAAGGCGGUUGUCAAGAGGAAAGCUGCGCCGAAAAAAAAAGCUCCGCCUCCAAAGGUGGCUCAGACCAAAGCUGCAAGUUCUAAGUAUUACCCAUUGUUCUGGGUUGCUACCACCGGAGAUCCGGUGUCUACUAAGGAGGUUCGAGGAGAAGUAUUACCGCUAGAUACUCGCGAGGCCGUAAAAUAUCUUCAACUUAGAACUACUAGCGUUGUAUCUUACUUGGAUUUGCCAUGCGAAUCUGUGUACACCGCAGAACUGUCGCCGGAAAUGGAAUGGAAGAUCAGGAUAGCUGCAGAAUCCGGUGGUUUGCUUGAUCAGUGGUUUUCGAAGACAAGUAUGAAAAAAUCGAUUAAAAUACAAGAUAAUGUGGAGAAGAAGAAGGUGAUAAGGCCGAGCAUG